AUGACCACACAAAAGGCGGUUAUCAUUACGGAGCCUAAGAAGAUUGGUCUGGUUACCGAUCGGCCAAUCCCUGCCCUUCAGGAUGACUAUAUUCUCGUCAGGACUGUUAGUGUCGGUUUGAAUCCUACUGUAGAAGCCAUCGGUAAGGAUAUCAAGAAGCCGUUCAAGAAGGGCAAUUGUGUGUGUGGAUUCACUCAUGGUGCUAACGCUGUCCAGCCCGAAGAUGGUGCCUUUGCUGAGUAUAUUGUAGCCAAGGGUGACCUACAGAUAAAGAUUCCCGACAACAUGAGUUUCCAGGAUGCUGCUACCCUGGGUGUCAGUAUCAACACGUUGGCCCUGCCUACUGAGCCCAUGAAGAAGGCUGCGCCUAUUCUAAUCUAUGGAGGCUCUACUGUAACCGGCACCUUGGCCAUUCAGUUUGCCAAGAUAUCCAGGUAUACAGUCCUCAUAACCUGCUCUCCUCACAAUUUUAACCUUAUCCGUAACCAGACUAAGAAUAACCUAAAGCUUGCUCUAGAUUAUAUUUCUCUUGAAGCCAGCGCCAAGUUCUGCAAUAAGGCCAUUUUCAGUGAGGGUGGGGAGUACAGUACUCUCCUGGACAUGAAGAUUGAGUAUACAAAUGUCAAUAACUGCUUUACGCUCGCAUACACCACCGCCGGCGAGGCUUUCAACUUUGGUGAUAUCCAAUUCCUGGCUAAGCUGGAAGAUCAGGCGUACAGUAAAAAAUUUAUCAUGAUUGCCGAGUCACUCCUGCCGGAAGGAAAGGUCAAGGUCCACCCUCCCAUGGUUGGCAAGGGUGGUUUAAAGGAUGUUAUAGAGGAGCUGCAGUUGCUGAAGGAGGACAAGGUUAGCAAGGAGAAACUGGUAUACAAUAUUGCCAAGACUCUGAAUAUUUAA